UCCUGCCUCGCACCUGGGCGGCGAGUCAUUGGCCGGAAGAUGGUGGGAGAGAGGGUGCACGGCAAAUUCAACAGGAUGAAAGCGAAUUUAAGGGCAGAGUUGGCCAACAACUGAUGAACAAGAGGCAACUAGCUGUGACAACGGACAAAAAGAAACCGACAUCUAAAGGUAGUAACAAGAAACAUCUAGAUUCUAAAUGGGAAUCCAACUGUCAAUUCAGGGGACGAGAUCCAACCUUCCCAGCAACGCCGAAAGGCUGGGUAGAAAAUAAGAUGAAAUUAGAUAUUACUGUAGGUUUAGACUACAUUCCCCAAGUGAUUUCAAAUACUGAUGACCUCAACCUUUACAAUAAUAGAAUACUUUUAUCCGAGGCAAAAGCAGUAGAUUUUAGUAUAGAGACUGUGAGCCAAAGUGACUGCCCAAUGUGGAUGCAGCGUAGGAAAUUACUCUUCACAGGCAGUAAAGCUUAUGAAAUAUAAAGGCGUAAAUUAAGCUUAGAUGAUAAUGCACAAUGGGUUAAAGUUCUGAGGAAAAGGCCAAGGCAACAUGUGUUGGAACAACAGCUGAUGCUUGGAAGAGCUUUGGCAGAGGCAACCUGGGCGAGUGCACUGGCUCAACCCUAGCGACCUAAAGAGGCGGUCGGCAGCCGUGGCGUGCCGUCGCAUUAUUGGCAGGCAAACUUUUGACGUCAUAGCGGCGGAGCUCCAGGAGAUAUUCCAGGACUGCGGAGCCCAAGGCAAAGGGUCAAGUACCACCGCUGACAAUGGUUCAAACUUUGUAAAAGCUUUUCGGUAAGAUUUCACGUAUUGUCCGUCCU